AUGUCGAUUUUAAAAUUUCUUAAAACUCUUAAAUUAAAAGGGAAUAUAUCACCACUUAAAUCAUCAUCUUAUUACAGUGAAUUCAAGUCAUAUCUAGCUAGUAAUGAAAUUAGUAAUGAAGCAUUAGAUCUUCUAUUCGAAUGGUAUACACUUAUCAGUGUUGAACAAUAUUGUAAAGAUUAUCCUUCACCACCAUCUAAACUUUGUUAUUUCGGUGGUAAUGGAAAAGAAUCAAUAUUCAUAACAUGUGAACAAUGUUGUACUUUUUUAGAAAACUAUUGUAUUUGUAAUCCACAUGAACAUUUAGAGAAUCACAAAUUAAUAUUAUACAAGAGUGCAGGUGCAAUCUGUGAUUGUGGAAAUGUAUCCAUUAUGAAAUCAAGUGGUUUUUGCUAUAAUCAUUGUGAUUCCGAUUGUGCAAAUUCAAACAACACCACAAACAAUACCACUCAAAUGAAAAGUGGUUGUGAUGAUGUGAUUGAAAAUAAAACGGUAACUUUUUCAUUGUCAUCUUCAACUACUUCCACUAUUAGUAAUGGACAGAUUGGUAAUGGAGGUGGAGGUAAUUCAUCACCUGUUGUUCUGAGUAAUUCCACUUCGUCUUGUGGUGGUGUCGUGCCAAUUAGUAGUUCUGCCAACUCCAAGACAACGAUAAUGGUGAACGACAAUCUCUAUGAACUACGAUUGUUCUUCCGACAUCUCUUUAGAUACCUCGCCGAUAUCGUAACGGAGAAUCUCAGUGAGACGACGAUCGUUGCCAAAGACAAUGGUGAACUCAUCGCAAAGAUCGAGACAAUCUCGCAGUGGAUUGUCAGUCUGCUGACACAGUCGUCGAUGCUGCUCAACCUGGUGUCGGAGGAACUACUUGGUCAUGCUAUUGACACAGGUUUGACAAUGGAUCAACACUACCGACUUACACACGCUCCGCUCCAACCGAUCAUACUCGACGUGGUGUCGCCAACAAAGCGUUCAAAGAAAUCACUACAGUCCAACUCGAACAUCGUAGAGGCACAGAACAACAUUGAUAUAUUCAUCAAACACAACUACUCCAUUCACUACCUCUAUCCUUUCUUGAUUCACUUGAUUUGCAAUCACAAGCCAUUCAAGUAUAUAUUCCUCAGAUACUUCCUACCGAUCUACAACGAUUACUAUCACCUUAGUUUCGGUAAAUCGGCGUGUAACGGUAUAAGUAUACUCUCUGUCGCCUACAUAGGUGAAGAUUCACUUAUCAACUAUGUCUCAGUGGAUAACGAUCCAAUCAAUAAUUUAAUUAGUAUUAUUUUUAAACAAACUAUUCGAAUGUGUAAAGAGAUAUUGGAGAAUGUUUAUUUAACAAAGAAUCAAGUUGAAUAUUGGUUUAGAUCGGAUCUCUAUAUUUUAAAGACAAUCUUUAAGAUCGAUACGGUCAUUAAGCAUAUCAUGUCAGAGUCUGGUCAGUUCAUUCUCGAUGGUAUGUUUGAGAGUGCAGCGUCGAUUCAAGCAUUGAAAUGCGUUGAUAGUCUUCCAUACGUAGAGACACUGGGUUUCGUCAAGGAGUUGGAAGCGAAUCAUCAAUCGUUCAUCAAUGCGCUAUUGGAUGAUCGAUCCGAUCUCAUUGCUAAUCGUUCUAUUAGCAGUGCAAUCUCAAAGUAUAUUUCCAAUAGAACAAGAUCAUCAAUUGAAACACCAACCAUAACAACUACAACCACUACAACAACUACAACUAGUAGCAGUACUUGUAAUUCAAGUUCAACAGUUACUCCACAACAGUUUUGUAUUGUUUCUCUACUUUCUAGUAUUGAUAUCUAUAAGAAAGAUAGUAGUAACAGUGGUAUGAGUGAGUUGGUUCAAGUCUCAUUGUUGGAUAUCAUGAUUGACCUGUGGAGAGAAACAACAGCUACACUCGACCAAGAACAACGUCCAUUGCUUCAACAGAUCUUCUUGGCAAUGAUAGAGGUCGAUGAACAGUUCAAAUCUUAUUUCAACUCGUGUAAUGUCAUCAUUGAAACACCUGAAGAGAUAAAGAAGAAGUUGGACGAACAAAAGAAGUCAGUAUCUGACAAGCGAAAGAAACUACUUCAACAAAUGAGACAGCAACAAAUGUGUUUCCUCCAACAGGAAACAGCUGGCGACUCAAUGACCACCACUGGAUCACCUUCGCCAUCCACCAUUUCCAUUGGUUCGCCAAUGACACCUGAACUACCAUCGCCAGUAGCCAUUCAACAAGUUAAUCAUUCACCAAUCAGUCAGAGACAUGUUGUCUCUACAUCGGAAUCUACAACAUCGAUUUCUGGAUUACAAGAAAACAAUAGCAACAACAACAACAAUGAAUCAUUGGAAUCAUCAGAUGAUUUAGUUUGUAUUGUUUGUAAUCAAUGUUCAUCCAUUGAUGAACCUCUACAUGUCAUUGGAUUGAUUGAAAGAUCACCUGUUAUGCCACAUCAUCAGAAACAGGAAUACGAACGAUUGAUGCAAGACGUCAGUCUGACAGUAGAGUAUAGAAAAGCCUACAAAGAGGUGAGAGGUCGUCUCAUUCAAGACAUUCAAACUGCUCUACAAUCGAAUGAGAGUGCCGACUUGAUAAGAUCGAUGCUUCCAAUGGCAUUCCCCUAUGUCUAUCCAACCUAUGUCAAGUCUUGUCAUCACUAUAUUCACCAAUCGUGUCUUACCAAACUACAUGAAUCCUAUGCAAAUGGAUUCAACUGUCCACUCUGCUCUAAUCAAGCCAAUGUUAUUAUUCCACUUCCACAAACCAAUAAUAAUAACAAACAUAACACUCUCUUACAACUACAUCAAUCACUUGCAACCUUUGAUAUUAAAUCAAUGAAAACGCCGGUCACUGACAAAUACAUAUGGAAGUUCCUCUCACAGAAUAUCGAACUUCUUGAGAUUAAAACUCGUACCUCAACUCUCUACAACGAGCCAAACGAAGAUCCCUACUUUAUUCUCACGGAGAAGGAGUUUGAACGUGAGCUGUUCACGCUGUACUUGCUGUUCAACUCGAUCAUGUCAAACUCGAAUCAAUUCACGACAUCACACGAUAUCCAACAGACCAACAGCAAGCUCAUACGUACGAUGGAUCCAUUCACCAGCCACACAUUCAUGGUGUAUCUGCUCUACCACUAUCACCACCACAACGAUGGAAAUCUCGACGGCCAGAUCCAAGACGAUCUCAAAGCAACGGUCGAAUCGUUCUACAAUCAAAUCAUAUUACAUUACAUCUACAAGGAGAAGCAAUACACCAACAUCAUCUCGACGCUCGCCGAUAUCAAACGAUCGCCACACAUGUUCCCCAACCUCCUGGAGAACAACAACAACCAACUGCCAUUCUUUAGAAAACUCUAUCUCUUUACGUUCCUCUUUAACCAAUGGAAGUUGGACAACCCACAAUUCGGACAGUUUCCACCUAUUUCCAAAUCAAUGUCAACCAGUGCCAUUGAUAGCAGUAGUAAUAACAACCUUAGAUCAUCGCCAAUAUUGGUGUCAUCAGUGUCGACAUCCAAUCUAUCGAGUAUCUCUUUGAUGUCAAACAAUAACAACUGCAACUCACCAAACAACAACUAUCGUCAACAGAAACCGUUGAAUCCAUUCAAGUUGACACUCGAACAAUUCUCAAAUCUUGACUUCCUACUGGAGAGUAUGGGAUUGAUCACAUUGCAAUCGUACAUACAGACUAUCAACCUCAGAGAAUUCGAGAAACAUCUUGAGAAGCAACCCGCUUGCUAUCCAUUCCCUCUUCGCCCAUACGACAGCGUAGUAAAGCUUGUCGAUCUUCCAAAUCGAUACUUUGACUACCUCAAAGAGAUAGUACAUCCAUUGGAAUACUGCAAGCAUUGUAAACAAUUGAUAACUCGAUCAUGUUUAAUCUGUAAUCAAAAGCUAUGUUUACAAACUUCAUGUAACAAUACAAUAAGAUCUCAUAUGAAAACAUGUCCAUCACAAGUAUUGGGAUUGUAUUUGAGAUUUGAAGAUCCUGGAAUAACAAUGCUCGCCUACAACAACGCACAGUACUAUAAGAUCUAUAGGUCGGCAGAUGGAUCAUCAACCUCUAUCAUUGACACAUCGUUUGUUCUCUACAAGAAAGGUUUAAAGAAAAUCUAUAAACUAUGGAUCAACAGUACAAUCAAAAAGAUAGGUCACAAAUAA